AUGACCACAGCAAUCUCAACCGGACCUGAGCCAUCGUCACCACGUGGUCAGGCGUACGGAGUGCCGUCGAGGUCGCAGUCCACCCGUUCGCGGCCGCCGACAUCUGGAACAGCAGCUGCCUUACCGCCACAUCGUGCCGCUUCCACCUCGCAUUCUCACAGGAGCCGGCCAUCCUCUUCUGGCCGACCGCUCCAGGACAUCAUCCCCCACGACGAGUAUGCAAGGGAGGCAUCCAAUGUAGCCUCACAGUCGAAGCGCAGCUCCAGCAAGGACCGCCCGCCUACUUCAUCUCGGCCCGAUCCUUCGUCGCGCCCACAUCGCCGCACCGGCAGCCAUCGAUCAACAAUCUCGCACACACCCUCCCAAUCCGAAAUGACAUCUACUUCUGCAAACAAUCCCGGCCCAGCCGUCGUGCCUCGCGGCGCAUCAGACGCUCGAACACCGUCGGGUGCAGCUCCGGUCCGACACGGGCGCACCCGCACCUCCAUCCCCUCCCAGUCUGGCAAGUGGAUUCUUGGGAAGACAAUCGGUGCUGGGAGCAUGGGCAAGGUAAAAUUGGCAAAGAAAGAAGACAGCAACGAGCAGGUUGCGUGCAAGAUCAUCCCCAGGCAAACCCCUGACGAUGGACACCACAACAGAGCGGACAGGGAACGAGCCGACCAGUCGAAAGAGAUCCGGACAGCACGUGAAGCUGCAAUCGUCGGCCUUUUGAGCCAUCCACACAUCUGCGGAUUGAGAGAUGUCAUCCGAACGAACCACCAUUGGUACAUGUUGUUCGAAUACGUCAACGGCGGCCAGAUGCUCGACUACAUCAUAUCCCACGGCAAGCUCAAGGAGAAGCAGGCCAGGAAGUUUAGCCGCCAGAUUGCGAGCGCCCUCGACUAUUGCCACCGUAACAGCAUCGUCCACCGAGACUUGAAGAUCGAGAACAUAUUGAUCAGUAAGAACGGAGAUAUCAAGAUCAUCGACUUUGGACUCAGCAACCUCUUCGCUCCGAGGGGCCACCUCAAGACGUUUUGCGGAAGCCUGUACUUUGCCGCCCCCGAACUUCUCCAGGCACGAGCCUACACAGGACCCGAGGUCGACGUGUGGAGCUUCGGUAUCGUUCUCUACGUGCUGGUGUGUGGAAAGGUGCCCUUUGAUGACCAGAGUAUGCCAGCACUGCAUGCCAAGAUCAAGAAAGGUGUCGUUGACUACCCCGGCUGGCUCUCAGCUGAGUGCAAACACCUGCUGUCUCGUAUGCUUGUGACCGACCCCAAGCAGCGAGCUACGAUGCAGGAGGUCAUGACCCACCCUUGGAUGCUCAAGGGGUUUGGAGGACCGCCCGAGAACCAUCUUCCACAUCGCGAACCCCUGACUCUGCCCUUGGACCCGGAAGUCAUUACUGAGAUGACUGGCUUCAACUUUGGACCCCCAGAGGCAAUCAAAGCCCAGCUGGCCAAAAUAAUCGAGUCGGAAGAAUAUCAGCGGGCCAUCCGGCUGCUACAGAAGGAGAGAGACCUGCCGCCACCCCCGAAAGACAUGGAAAAGAAGCGCGGCUUCGGGUUUGACUUCUAUAAGAGGCGGAACUCGGGAAAUAGCAGAGACACCCUGACUGCCCCAAGUUCCGAGGGUCUCCAGCUCGGCUCCGACCCGAUAAAUGCAUUCAGCCCGUUGGUGUCGAUAUACUACCUUGUGCGCGAGAAGCAGGAUCGUAAGCGCCAAGAGACCCAGGCCGCAGGUCUGGCAUCUGCCUCGCAGAAGGAGAGGGAAUCUAGAACCGAAAUCGCUCCUCCCAAAGCGGCACACACCAACAGUUCUGCGUACGAGAUGCCCGGGGAACAGGCAACCGGUGGCCGAUCGCGGCCCAGGGCCAGGACGCACGGCGAAGAUGACGCUCCCGAGCAGGUGAAGAAUGCACAGCCAUCACCCACCACACCUCACCACCCACAAGACUACCAAGGGGAUCGGAUUCUUCCCAAGAAGGAAAGCGCAGCAGUUGGCCUCCUCCGGCGAUUCAGCACGCGUCGGCGCAAGGAGCCCGAGAGACUAGACAAGGACCGCUCUCACCCACCCUCAGUCCAUGUUCAUUCGCCCGCCGAAGUUCCCAGCCUCCGAAAGAGUUUCAGUAUCAGGCGGAGCCGGCCCGAUCGAGAUGACGAUGCUCCGCCAAGGCUCAGGUCGGGGUCUAGCCAGCCUCAGCAUAGCGACCUCUUGAGCCCGCCGCUUUCCGCUGGGGCCAAUGUGCGAGGCAAGAAGGGUCUUGGGCGGUCGACCAGUGUCAACUCGGCUGAGUUUCACCGUCGGCGAGGGGAUUUCGGUAAAGAACCACCGCCAACUUCGGGGUCAGAUCAGUCUGGGCCCCCGACUGAGAAGUCAUCUGAUCGCAAGCCAGGCACCAUCAGUAACCGGUCCGUGUCAAUGCGGGCGAAGACGCUUGGCCACGCCCGACGGGAAAGCAUCCAGGCUCGCCGAGCGACGAGGCGCGAGGCAGAAUCGCGCGGCGAGCGGGGUCCGGUCCCGGAGGAGACGGAUGCCGACGUCGGGGAGCAAAGCGGGCAGUCGAACGAGCGACUAGAGCGCGAGGACCCCGAUCUGGCGAAGCCCGUCUUCCUCAAGGGCCUCUUCAGUGUGUCGACGACAAGCACGAAGCCGGUACCAGAGAUUAGGGCGGACAUCAAGCGAGUUCUCAGACAGCUCGGCGCCGACUUCACCGAAAUCCGCGGCGGCUUCAGCUGUCGCCACGCACCAAGCAUCGACCUGAAGAAAGUCUCGGAUCGGCCGAGCAGCCCCCAGGGCCAGUGGGCACCGCAGACGCCAGGUCACAGGCGGCGAUUCAGCUUUGGCGGGCUGCGGAGCGGCCGCUCGAGGGACGAUGUGAGGGAGGGCACAUCUAGCAAGGAACAGGAGAAGUUCCCGCCUACGCCGCGUGCGUCAGGAAAGGGGAGGGAGAAGGAUCGAGACGACAGGAGCUAUUCGAACUCGGACCUCUCGGACGACAGCGACAUCCGCGAGACGAACGGCGGCUUACCGAAACGCGUGGCCGCAGGCGAGACCAGAACGCAUGUGCAGAGUGAUCUGGGCGGCAGCAUGGUCUUGGAGUUUGAGAUCUUCGUGGUCAAGAUUCCCGUCAUCAGCCUCCACGGAAUACAGUUCAAGAGGCUGAGCGGGAACACAUGGCAAUACAAGAACAUGGCUGACCAGAUUCUGAAGGAGCUGAGGCUUUAA